AUGUUUACGACAAGAACUGGUAAAUUCAACGAGAUUGUUGAAAAGAUUAAGGGUAUGGGUAUCCAUCCUUUUAAAUGUAAUUUUCUUGGAGCUAUCCAGGCAUUUACAGCGUUGAGCAAUUCUAAUUGGGAGUUAAAGAUGGAUUUAUACAGGAGAUUUGGUUUGUCUGAAGAUGAAAUUCAUAAUGCAUUUAAAAUCCAUCCUCAGUGUAUGCUUACUUCUGUGAAAAAGAUAACCUCGAUAAUGGAUUACCUGGUGAAUCAAAUGGGUUACAGUUCGUCUUAUGUUGCCAAAUACCCCUGUAUUUUUUGUUAUAGCUUGGAGAAGAGAAUCAUACCUAGGUGUUCUGUUUAUAAAUUGUUAACCUGCAAAGGUUUGAUCAAGAAUCAGUUUUCCUUAAUUUCACUUCUAAAUUACAAUUAUGAAUCUUUUCUGGAGAAGUUUGUGAUCAAGUUUGAGGUAGAAGCUCCGGAGCUAUUGAAGAUGUAUCCAAGUGCAGUUAAAUCUAGAGCUACCUAG